AUGCAACGCAUCGUUAUCAUCACUGUCACCAACGAGUUCACAAAUCUAUCCGUCAUGGCGACAACACGCGGCAAUAGGCGACAACUGGCCGGCCUUCCGCGAGGGCACUUCUUGAACGUUGAGCGAACGUGCUCGUUGCCGUCGUUCGCCGGCUUUUUUCUCGGUGACGAUUUCCAAUCGAGUUUUCAACUUCCACUUAGACGAGGAACAAUUUUAUUCGGUCAACGUUUCGACGUCAUCCUCUUCCUCCGAGUUGAUGAUGGUCCACAGUCAUUCAUCGUCGCGAUGUGGUGCCUUUGUUGUCAUAUCGAGUUGAAUCUUUUUUUAUUGGACCACCGUUUGAAUGAGGCAACCUCAACGAAUAAUCCAACCGCUGUCGUUACGGAGCAGGAUAUUGGCAACUUUGUGUCGGUAAGCGGCAUAGGAAAAGGUAUUCUGCGUUACGUUGGUGAGAUUCGUGGGAGGGAUGGAUUGUACUGUGGGAUCGAACUGGAUGCGCCAAGCGGAAAGCACAAUGGCACCUAUCAAGGUGUGGUGUACUUCGUUUGUCCUCCACUUCAUGGAAUUUUUGCACCAAUUUAUCGAGUCGAACUUGAUGAGAUCGACGAUGUGCCAAUGAUGACUGUAUCGCAGUCUUCGAAGGCUCCGGAGCGCUUAACACGUUCUGCACUUCCGACACUGCAACUGCGUAACGUCUUUCGGCCGUCUGGUGAUUUUUCCACGAUGCAAACGUCGAUCGGCUCCGACAAAAUGAUGGACACAUCGAUGUUUUCAAAUGUUUCGUGGGGAGAUUCGGAUGCCAUGGUAUGUUCGAACGCCACAUUCGUUAUUCCACCCGGACGAAGUCAUCUGGAAGACAGCGAGGAGUGCGACCUGAUGAGCAUCCCCGAGCCCAAGUCCAUUCUCAGCAUCAAUCGCGACCUGAUAGGGCAAAACGAAAAUGCUAUGUUAGGAACAUCUAUUGUGUUGGACGAGUCUCGUGUCGGCGUUGAGAAUCUUCCAGUGGUUGAAGACGAUGACGUCGAUGACGAUGGUGACAACGGCGACGAUGGCGAUGACGACGACCUCCAGACGCCUCUUGUGGAGACAUCCCCUCAGUGGCAGCUGUCGUCGUGCAGCUACUCACAGCAGCUACCUUCCAUCGUCGAUACCGAUACUACAUCUACUGAUGCAACUCGUCUCGUUUCUGAUCAUACGACAUCUAAAGAAUCGUCGUUACGGGCCAAUUCGAGGCAAUCAGUCGACACCGGCUACAAUGACGAGAGUGAUGCCAGCCGUCUGGAGCACGAAGAGCGGUCGAAGUCAGGUGAGAAUAAGGAAGGCGGUAACGUAGAAAAGGAGGUGAAAUCGACUCGAUCAAGAAGAAUGGAAAAAGAGCCUCCACCGCCUCCGAAGUUUCCUGUGAAACCAAAAACACCGUCGAAGCAUCAGCUUUUGAUGGAACAAAUUAAGGCGUCAAUUGAAGCGGAUAAAUUGAAACCGAAGAAGGAGGUGAAAGCACGCAUCUCGUUUCUGCCGCCACCACGUGCUCCGCCCCUACAGAACGAGAACGCCACAGACGAGAAGAUGCCAGAAACACCGCGUCGCGUGGCGAAGCAACCGCUGAAGACCGUGAACUCUAUUCCAGCGCUGCCACCAAAACCAGAACGACCAAAGAAGGAACGAAAACCACUGUACGUCCCACCACCGCCUAAAGGUGUAGUGCUCUCAGAACGAAAGGAAGUGAAGACAUCGACACCAUUGGUACGAAAUGGCGUUGAGAGGACGAUCGACUCACCAAAUGUCUCCAGAAUCGUCGAAACACCGCCGAGGCAAUCCAGUAGUAAAGACGGAAAGUCGAAGAAGAAGGCUCCAGUUGGGUUGAAAGCAAGUGGAGCUGCGGAAACAGAAACUUCCAACAACGAAAAGCUGCAACGACUACAGUCUGCUGUUCGAGCAUUCGAGGCGUUAUGUGUGGUGAUCACGCAAUCAGAGACGCAGGGCGCGCGAUUGCGGUCCCAGCUGGAAGAGGCAAACGAGGACAUCGUAGCUCGAUCACAAGUCGAAGCUCUCGAGAGGACCAAAGAGCGCUAUGAGAGCCAGUUGGCCGAAAAAACCAAAGAAGCUGAACGGGCGUUAGAAGAUGAACGCAGUCGUCACGAAGCCGAACUGGAGGCCAUGAGUAGACGGCAUCAGAAGGUUGUCAUAUCGUUGGACGAAAAGAUCGCCGAAGGUGAGAGAACAAUCCAUCAGCUGCUGGUGGACAAGAAGACGCUACAGACGGCGUUGGCCAACGAUAGCGACCAGCGUAAUCAGAUGUUGACUAAAGAGAUCAACUCACUUCAGACAGCACUAGAGUUCAAAAGUAGCGAAAUGAAAGAACUGCGUCAGAAAUAUCAGCAGGUUGCAUUACGUGUUGAGGAGAUCCCGGUGAAAGAGCUUGAGAUUACAAAGCUCAAGCAUAAAGUGAUAGAACUGAAGCAGGCUCUUGAUCAGAAGCUCACCUACGAAAAGAAAGUUAUACUUUCAACUGUAGUUGUCGAAGAUCGGAUCGUCGCCGAUCCACGACAAGAUGAAUAUCUCAUGUGGCGGGAACGAACCCAGCCGUCAGAGUUCACGCUUGAAAAAAGAUUGUUGGUGCAUCAGAACGAAGAGUUAAAGCGGCAGCAGUUAGCGAUUGAAGAGGAGCGAGAAAGUAUGCAGAGGAAUUUCGAUGUGAUGAUCUAUCGAUACGGUGAAAUGGAUCAUUCGAUGGACCGCGAUUCAUUGAUUCGAUCGACAAUUUCCAUGUACGCUUCGCAAGUUCAGUUACCGGAAAAUCAUGCCGAUGAUGUGAUUUACGCUCCAGACGAGAUAAUUACUGGUAACGGUGAGUACGUUGGAAUCCGCUAA